UUUCUUUAGAAAGGGGAAAACCCGAUGCAAAAUCUUCUCCCUCUGAAAGACUAAAUACACUGAGUCUAGUCUAGUCACAUGCUGCGCUGAUUAGCUAGCCUAACAUCAGCAUGUCUUUGCUAAUGAGUGCUCUGGAAUGGCUGUUUGCUCACCCGGGGUUGUGUGUGGCAUUGCUAUUAGCCCUCACACUGACCCCCUUCCUCCGGGGGUUGCUGCAACACCUGAGAGUGUACCUUGGCUUCAGGGGCAUUUCCAUGGACUCUGGUCAUAUGCACUUCUUCUUUGGACACUCUCCAUGGAUCCUAGAGGACGCGGGUCGCGCUCUCGACUGGUUUAGAGACGGAUCUUUGAAGAAUAAUGCGAAAUUAAUCAAAUUCUGUUACGGGCCCACCCUCUACCAGCUGGGUGUGGUGCACCCUGACGGUGCAAAGGUCAUUCUCAAGGGAGACCCCAAAUCUGAGCAGAUAUACAGUCCUCUGGAGCCGUGGUUAGGCAAGGGUUUGCUGAUUGCCAACGGGGCUAGAUGGGCGCGUAACCGUCGUCUCCUCACACCGGCCUUCCACUACGACAUACUGCGACCUUAUCUCAAGAUCUACGCAGACUCUGCCCGUACUAUGAGUGAGCUGUGGUCAGCUGUGCCUGAGGGCGAGUCCUUCAACGCGUUCUCCUACAUCAGCCUGUGUACACUGGACGUCAUGCUCCAGUGUACUUGCAGCUACAAUAGCAACUGUCAAAGAGAGAAGUCUCCGUACAUCAGUGCAGUGUAUGAACUGUCUGACCUCGCAGUCAAGAGAAUCGUGUCUAUCAGUUCUUAUUUUGACUGGAUGUACAUGUUGAAGCCGGAGUGUUGGAAGUACCGCAGUGCUUGUCAGGUGGUCCACAAGUUCUCAAUGGAUAUCAUCCAACGAAGAAGAACAGCACUCAAGGACAAGAAGACAAGGGGAGAGAAUGUGUUGACAGGACGAAAGAGCAAAUACAUCGACUUCCUAGAUAUUCUCUUGGAAGCUAAGGAUUCUGACGGUGUGGGCAUGACUGACUUGGAGAUUCGGGCGGAGGUGGACACUUUCGUCUUUGAGGGCCACGACACCACAGCUGCAGCGAUGGCCUGGACCCUGUACAACCUUGCCCUCCACCCUGAGCACCAGGCCAAGUGUAGGGACGAGGUGGACGCCAUCUUUGAUGAGAAGGAUGAGAUAGGAAUAGAGGAGCUGAAGAAGCUGGACUACCUCAAGUAUUGUAUCAAGGAGAGCCUCCGCCUCUUUCCCCCGGUGGCCGCUAAUGGGCGUGUCCUAGAGAAGGAUACAACCAUCAACGGGCGAAUGGUCCCUAGAGGCACGCCAUUGCUCUGCUUCAACUACGCCAUUCAUAGGCAUCCUGACUUCUGGGAGAAUCCAGAUGAGUUCGACCCACUUCGGUUUGCUCCUGAGAACUCCAGGGACAGACAUUCUCAUUGUUUUGUGCCUUUUGCUGCAGGACCGAGGAACUGCAUUGGACAGGAGUUUGCUAUGAACGAAGAGAAGGUGAUUCUCUCUCACUUGUUGCGGAGGUUUGAGUUCACUCUGGACGAGAGUAAGACAGUGGAGAAGGAGUUCCUCAUCAUACUACGCCCCAAGGACGGCUUAUACUUGAAACUGAAGCACAGGAACUUGUGAUCUGAUUGGCUGGAAUUGUUAUAGAUGUACGUACAACACAACCUUAAUCGUAUUGUAGCUGUUAUUUUUGAUAAUGUUUUUUUGCUCUAAUUAGAAAUAUAGUGUGGUCAAUUUUUACGAUUUUUCA